AUGUUCGAGGCUGUCGCGGUCGCGGUCAUUGCCAUGAAGGACGAGGAUGGGGAUCUGGCCAAUGCCCGAAGAAUCCUUGACGGAAUCCUGGACAAGCAUGGCCUUCGUCUUCCAACAGAGAACCUGGCAGUUCUCAUACAGCAUGGGAAGACGCUGGAUGAAUCAGUUCGAAUCACCAUGAGCCGGGAAAGCAGCCCCGACGACAAAAGGUACAACCGGUACCAACGGUUGCUUCAAUCUGAACUGCGGAGACAAGAGCUCGCGGGGGCAUACCAGCACACUAUUCACGUCACCGCAACCGACAGCAUUGGAUGCGUCCAGGAUCGGCUUCGCAAAUUCCUCCUCGAAAAGACAGCCAAUCCGCUCUUUCAACCGACUAUGCAUCAUCUGGUCGGCAUCUACGCAUUCGGCGGGCUCUCCGAGUGUGGCAAAAGCACCAUUGCCGAAGCCUUUUGCGCCAUUUUCGGGACGAAGCAGGCAUUCCGGGCCAAGAUUGCCUACUUCAACAAUACGGUAAGUGAGGCGCUCGGGCUGUCAGUUUACGACAUGUCGGAAAAGGAGCAAGCGCUGUACCUGUUCCACGAGCUUGACCGGUUCCAGAGAAGCCACUACUGGCUUCGGCUGCUCACCAUCGAGAGCCUCCACCGCGACUCCGUCACCAAACAUCUCAAGUUGUGGCUAGGCGAGAAAUUCCAGAUCGUGUUCAUUGACGCAUGCGAGAGCCAGCGACGAGAGAGAUCGCUGGUACCUUUGGAGCAACUGACCAGGAACGACGGGGCGAAACUGGAAAGGGGCGCCAUGAACAUACGGUCGUACGCAGAUCUCGUGCUGGACAAUAAUGGACCACUUUCAGAGUCCAUCUCUACACUGAUGUCAUUUUCGGAGGGCAAGGGCUUGGUACCGGGGAAUGCUAGCGUGGUGUGA